AUGGAGAGUGCUGAGGGAUCUCACCCGUCAAUAUACUUCGUAGUGGCGAUAGCAGCGGCGGCCUCUGCAGACCGUCUGGACCACCUCGCAUACUCGCACUCAAGUGCGUUUGCGAGUGCCAGCGCGAGCGCCGCGGCCAGCUCGUAUAGCAGCGCCGGCGCACCCUACCGGUACGAGAACGUCAACAACGGAGACGGGACCUACCGUUUCAGCUACGAUGCCAACGGAAUCAGUGCGCACGAGAAUGGGUCGCCGCGCGCGCCGGGCCCCGAGGGUCCAGCGGUGACGGCCGACGGCGGGUUCUCGUACCGCGCGCCCGACGGCCAGCAGAUCUCGCUCUCCUACACCGCCGACGAGAACGGCUUCCACCCCACCGGCAGCCACCUGCCCACCCCGCCGCCCAUCCCCGACGCCAUCCUCCGCUCCAUUGAGUUCAACAGACAACAUCCUUCUUCCGAUGAUGGCGCGUACAACCCGGGGAGGAACGCCUACCGUUAUUAA